AUGGGCUGCACACCUUCUCACAGUGAGAUUGCUAAUACUAUUGCAAGAAGUGGUCUUAAUGCGUUGAAUAAACCCAAAAGUAUUUUGCGUAUUGAUCCAGGACAUAAAGGAAUCCCUCUGCUGGUUAGAGGUUCAUCUUGCUACAAUACUAAUGAAUUCCACCAAUGUGGGAUCCAGAGGAAAGACUACCUGAGAGAAAAGGAGGAUAAACUAUCAGAGCAGGACGAAAAUGAUAAUUUGCAGUUAUCUUCCAAGGCUCAUUCAGAUCCCCAGAUUUCCAGGGAAGACAAGAAAAUUGAGAGGACAGCCAGAGAUGCUGACAUCAUUAUGUCCAAACUGAUUGAGUCUCAAAAACACAUCACUGAGGCCAUACAGAUCAGAAAGCAAAGCUCCUGUGAAUCAGAAGCAUCAGCUUUCAUUUGGGAUGACAAGAAUGAAAGCAAUGCAAAGCAAAUCCCAAAGAAAGGAAAGAAGCAAAAAAAUCAUAAGCUGGCAAAGCAAGGUCGACCUCGCAAAAUUAGAGAAAAGUCCAUUUUGGCCCUGUGCGAGACAGAGGAAAAGGUAGAUUUCCCAGAACUGCUUGUUAAGGCUCAUCAGAGUGCAUACGCCUACUUAAAUCCCAACCUCUCCAAGUAUGAAACUAUACUUCACAUGGCCAACCAGGCUACCCAAACUCAGCUCUUCCUACAGCAGAUGGUAAGCUUCCUUGUGCUUCGCUUUGAUGAAAUCAACCAGCUCUUGGAAGAAAUUGCCAAUGACGGGGAAAAUCUUCUCAAAGACGUAGGUGGGAAUCUGGCAUGGCCAGCAGAAAAAGGUGAUUUGAAGGAGCACCCUGAUCUUCUGCAACAACUGCUGCAGUACACGGUCAAUAAGAUGCAGUUACUGAGUGGGAUGCUGGCCUCCCUCACCUCCGACGCCCUGCAGGAGACAUGCAGCUACCUGCAGUCUGCUGCAAACAACUUGGAAGGAAAACUGAAAGCAAAGCAAAGCUUUGAUGAGCGCCUGCUACGGACGGUAAAGCUGCUUGAAGCCUCAACAGUGGGAUCCCCUCAGUCUCACGGUGAUGACAGGACUCUCUAUUCUGAGGACAGUGGCAUUGGUGUGGACAAUGAAUCCCUCAAAGAGUUCAGUGCUCUCAGCCAGCAUGGAGGACAAGCAAGCCGUGAUUCCUGUGCACGUGGACAUCUGUCCCAAAAGCAUGCCACAACACUGGAGCACGUGCGUGAUGGGACAGUAUCACCGGGCACAGCCACAUCCCAUGACUGUGCACUAGAAAGGCAUUUUAAAGAUACAUUUUAUUCAUCCGUACAGAGCAGGGACACAACUUCUUGUCAGGGUGGAGUACCAGAAGGCAUUUUUACCAUGCCCCAAUAUGCAAGCUUGAGCAGAAGCCAUUCCUAUAACUCCGGCCAGUCUGACUCUACUCAGGAAGGUGAACAUUUAAAAAUCUGUGAAUCAACAGAUUUUCCUUCUGAUGAUGAUGAUGAUGACGACGACGAUGAAGGGAGCACCCUGGGGGAGGAUGAUGACAACACAAGCUUAUCAGAAAUGGGGAAGGAUGCUCUGCCGAGGAGGCCCCUGCCCCUGUCUUCGCCUGCAGUCACUGAUAACACACAAAGGCAGUCCAUAAAGAGGACGGAGAAUGCAGAGACAGAGGAAAUUAUUCUGAAGAUGAAAGAUGCUAUCAGUGAAAAAAUCAAGUUCGUUCCAGCUAAAUCCGGGCGUAAAGAAUGGAUAGAGGAUGAGAGCGGAAGAGCAGUCCUAACAACAAGGCCCAGUACAGCAAUGGGCAGCCAGAAAACCUUCGGGAAACAACGACGGUCCAGGUCAGAGGAGUCCCUCAGAAGCCACGCAGAGGACCCGACCCUCCUAGAGCUUCAGAGAACUCAAAAAGAGCUCAGCAAAAGGCUGGAAAUGUUUUAUGGAAAGAAGGAUACAGGUAACAAUCCAGAGCCUUGGAAAUCAAGAACAGCACCUUAUUUGCAGGAUGACCAAAUUACAUCUAGGUCCUCUAGCAAACUGAAGGCGUGCCUCUCAAAAAACUUCAGUAUCCUGCCUAACCAGGAUAAAGUCCCUUUGUUCACGGUUGAUCAAAAUCCUGCGCAUCACCUGGAUGAAAAAAGAGGCAGGAAGCCAUUAAGAGCUACUGUGCCCACCCAGAAGACAUCAGGAGGCAAAGAAAAGGAGCCCCCUGGAGCACAAACGCUCAGUGGCAGCAGCUGUGCCCCCAGACAGUCAGUCAAAAAGCUUAUUGAAACAUUCAGUCCUACUGAUGAUCUUGUAAAAGACGCAACUUUAAGAUCUUUAGGACCAAUAAAGUGCAUCAGAAAAUUUGGACUUCCAGUCAUCCCACCCACCAUUCCCCUUCAGAGAGGCCUGGCACCUUUAAAUCUUAAGCAUCGUAUUUCACCAGUAGAAGACACAAACCCUUCAAACACCAGUGGAGUUUCUUCUAGCUUUCCAAAUGCCUUUCCUCCUGCACCAGCUGCAGAAUUAAGCAAGAAGGACACAAAGGAAGAGACUGAUGAAGACAUCGAGAACCUGCCACCACCACCACCUGAAAUGUUAAUGGAUGCUUCUUUUGACUUAUCUGAGCCUGAAGAAGCUGCAAGAAUAGAAGGAAGCUCUUCAGAAGAUGCCAAAAAGCUCACCAAAACAGAAUUUCAUGCUACUAAGAGAUCACAAGUUCCCCCAAAAAUGAAAGCCUCCCUUCAGUCCAUUGACUUAUUGCCAAAUAAAAAUAUCAGCGGCCCCAGUGCGAUCGCUAAUAAAGGUCUAAGGAAUACCGGAGCAGGGGACAAGAAACUGCAGAGGUACUCACUGGAGCUGAACCCUACCAACGUGCACAUCCCUAGCCAGGAGGAGAUAUUGGCAACCCAGAGAAAAGAGGCUGCGGAUUUGUACAAGCAAACCCAUAAAAUUAUUCCUCUUCAAAAUCCCAGUGGGGUUUCAAAACCACACAGCAACAGCUCAGAGAGCAAAGAGCCCAAUUCACUUGCAACUUCAGUGCAAUACCAGAAGCGCAGUUCUCCUGAUUCACUCAGGAAAAACGAAAAAGGCUCAGCAUUUGCCAGGAGGGUCUCCCCAACGAGAACUCCUCCUUCUUCUCCACCAACUGAGAAACGGAUUUUCAGCCCCGCAACACACCACAGACACUCUCUGCAGGCUUUUAGCAACCCGCAACCGAGCUCACCCACCAUGCAGAGGAAACCCAGUCCCCCCUCCAGUCCCAGGGUGCCCAGCCCACCCUUGCAGAAGAAGCUGCCCUCUCCACCACCCCAGAGAAAACCACUCAGCCCUCCCAUGGGGCACAAGCAAAGCUCGCCAACGCCCCACCGGCUGCUGGGCUCCCCAGCCUACCGCCGAGAUGCAAGCCCCCCUCCAUUCCCCACCGCGCCCUCCCCACCAACCUCCCCAUCCUGCUCCUACAAGGGGCCGAGAGCUGGGCUGGAUGCUGGGGACGAGCACCAGCUCUCCUCCUCCAAGUGGAGCAGCAAUGUCCAUUCAAUAUUUUGCCCAGCCACCUCUUCCUUAUUCGAAGCCAGACCUCCACUGGUACCCACCAAACCUGCUGCAGAGGUGACCAGCCAGCCUGAAGCUUCACCGCUUUCCCAAAAGAGCAGUCCGCUUUUCCGGCAGCCCGGAGACCGAACCAGAAAGCUGUCCCUGAGCGCUGCCAAUCCUCAGCCAUUCGUGAGAAGAAGUUUCUCUGACCGCCGACCAGGGGUCCAGUUUCGUCCUCCAGCUCCCGUAACAGCCAGCAGCGAACCCGCGCUUAACCAAGCAAGCUUGGAGGAGAGCCCUAGAAAAGCAGGCGACUCUUGGAACAGCCCUUGCGUCCCCGAAAUCAAAGAGUCCAACAGAUCCGCUUCCCACCCCGAGCUCUAUGUCGUGGGCCAGGGGCUGCAGAGGGACUGA